AAAUGUUUCUUCCUCUAACUAUAAGGCGGAUGAAGAUGGUAACUUCUACGUCCAAUGGGGUGAUAACCUUGCCUUAACGUGUGUACAAAGGUCUUACUCCCACCAGAAGACAGUAAUUGAUUGGUUCCUACCAUCUCAACCAAACAGCCCUGUUGGUUAUGGAAACAAGGCCCAUGUAUAUCGUCAAGAACAAGUAAACUCAAUAGCGUUAGUUUUGGUUGUCCGUUCAGUGACUUCAGAUGAUUCUGGCAAGUAUACUUGUCGCAUGGGAAGACAAGAUGGGAACCGUUUUGUUGAAAUGGACCGUAAAGACGUCAGUGUCAUAGUUAGGCGGAGUAUCAUGGCCACAGACUGUCCAAAGGACCAGUGGAUCCCUGUUGUACCAGGAGAUAGAAACUGCUUUAAUGAAGAUGGUUGCCGAGACCUUACAGCCACCGUCAGAUGUGUUAUACAGGCUUUUCCUGCACCAACAAUCCACUGGCGUUUUCAAGGAGUCCAAAUUACGACAGGUGCCAAAUAUAUUAUAACAACUUCUGGAGUAACAAUCUUAAAUCCAACAAACGAAGACUCUGGCAUUUAUACUGUAAUUGCUAGACAGCCACAACAAACUGCUGUCUUUGAUCUGCGCGUCUCUGCCUUUAGCCGUCCACACAUAAUUUCAGGCCCAUCCAUUGUUGGGUUAAACAAAAAGACUAUGGUUGCUGGAAGUGAGGCGUAUCUACAAUGUUUGGCUGCUGGCCAGCCUCCACCUACUAUUCACUGGUAUCAUGAAAGGGAUCCUCAAACUGAAUUACAGAAAAUAAAUCCUGAAAAAUUUUCAGUGAACACAAAUUAUCAAGUCGGUUUACUGCGGAUUUCGCGGGUAUCCUAUCCAGAAGAUUCUGGGGUUUAUAAAUGUCUUGCCAUAAUCCCAGUCGCUCCAACAUAUUCUGGUUCCAGUUCUGUCUCCAUAGCUGAAGCUGAGAUGCUUUUCAACGUUACUCUCCCUCCGAAGCUGAUCCCACUUACAACUAUGCAUAGUUAUGUGGACCUUGGGAGAGCUGCUACAGUUCAGUGUCGAGUUCGUGCCACAACUCUUACGGAAUUUUACUUUAAACGUUUUAAUUCAAGCAUGUCGUAUAUACAGGGAGUUCAGCCUGAUGAUAAACGUAUUCAUGUAUGGAGACGUGAGGAUGAAAAUGACCCGUUGAAUCACGAUAUCUUCUUAACCAUUCAAAAUACAACUUUAGAAGACACGUGGAACUAUAGCUGUCAUGCAACUAAUGAAGGUAAUUCUACUUCGUGGAAUACUACUAUCCAAGUGAUGCACAUUCCUCAGAUGUCAUUGAGAACAGAAAUAAAGCCAGAUAACGAGGAAAGUGAACUAAGAUUUGGUUGGCGAUUCAAUGCAACCAACUUAACUUGCAUUUCACGCGGAAUGCCACAUCCAACUUGGACAUGGUAUCGCCGAGGUGAGCAAAUUUUAAACGGGCAGAAUUCGACUUUUGUAAUAAUAAGCUAUGACUACUGGGAUCACAGCCAAUCAUGGCUUCAGAUUACUCCGUGUUUACGUACAGAACAUUUUAUAUACGAUGAUUAUGUGUGCAAAGCUACAAAUAUCAAAGGCACAAAUGAAAGCAAGGUUAGCUUUCGACGAUCAUCUGUACCUGGACAACCAACAUUAGAGAGCUAUUCAGUUACUCAGUCAACUGUAGUGUUGAAUGUUAGUUCACCGAUUAAUACUGGUGGCAUGCCGACUUUGGCAUACGAAUUAACUUACAGAGCGUUUGGAGGACCUGAAGGGUGGUAUGGUCCAGUUGCUUUUCCGCUUGAUGCUUCUGCCAAACCGAAAUUCGAAUUGACUGGUCUACUGGGUGGGACUAAUUACCAACUAAAAUUAUUCGCUCGCAGUAUUGUUGGACAGGGUACACCCUACAGUUUUUCAGUUCAGACAUCCCCUAGUACUCGUCCCGGUCCAGUUGAGGUUAUUCAUUCUGAAUUCGGGAUUUAUCCAUAUGGUCAUGUUAUAAACUGGAUUCCUCCAAUAAAUGGUGGAUCUGCGAUUCUAGGUUAUCGAAUUCGUGUAAGAUCAGUUGAAGCUGAUUUAAAUUCAAUCAGUUCAGAAGAGAAAAUUUUACCUACUAGUCAGUGGAGAACAUGCACACCAUUUUUCAGUAAUCCUUAUCUGAACUAUUACCAUCUAGCCCCAUUGAAGCCAGGGACAACGUAUCAACUAGUCAUUGAAGCCUAUAAUCAUUAUGGUUAUUCGCUGGAUGGGAUUGAUAUUCAACAGUAUGGUUUUCUGAAUCGUACACCAACAUUAAAACCUCUAUUGCAACAAAUAUUUCCUGGUAGAGGAAUAAAUUAUCGUAAUUCUGAACAGUCAAAGAGUUCGGCUAACCUUCUGAUGCAUUUUAGACAAAAUGAUCUCGUACCUAUAUGGUAUUUGUUUGAAACUCCAUCAGCAGAUGAAUUAUAUCCUCCACCUCUUAUUUUCGCUGAUGCAUCAUCUACCUAUGCAUGUCAAUUUUUUACAGUAUUUCUGGAGCUUUUCAUUGUUAUUCUGUAUAUUUCCCAUUGAAUUCUAAAUUCAAUCCACAUGUCAUCCCGGUAAUAUGACCAUUAACAACAUUUUCUACAUAUUACAGUGAGAUAAAUCUUACCAAACAUUUUAUGUAGAAAUUCUUUUACAAAAUGCGAAUCUCGUUUUUGCUACUGUUAUUAUUAUUAUUGGUGUUGACACGCAAUCAUUUUGCGUUUUACUCUUAUUUGAUUUCUUAACUUUUUUCCUAUAAAAGGCAUUUAUGUCUGUUACACAAUGCAUUUACUUCCUCUCUGCGCAAUAGUCAACAGCAAACACAUUUCUCCUAGUCUUAUAUAUAUAUAUAUAUAUAUAAAGCCAAAAAUUUUAAUUUGGUUUCUAAACUUUUUCUGCUGAACAGAUGGUAUAUUAUCUGGUUACAAAUCAACUGUUUGCAUAACUUAUGUUGUUGAAUUUCUGUUUAUUGUUACCAUUAUUUACUUCGAUUAUCUUCAGUGACGCUACUAAUUGUUUCAUUUGUCUCGGUUGUGUAUAUUUUACUACUUUAUCCUGAUACAUAAAUUUUCAGUCGAAAAACAUCAGUGCCAUUAAAUUAAACAUUACGAGUGUCUACUUUUAUUGUUGCUACAGACUGUUACCUCUGCCUUGAAAUAUAGUUUGAGAAGUAAUUCAUUUCACUUAUGUUGCAAUAUUUUGUUCACGUAAUAUCUCAGAUCUAUCCCGAAAUCGAAUUCCAAGACAUUAAUACCCGUGAAAAAUAGACAGUUCCAUAGCAAAUUUCAUAUCAUACUAGGAAGUUCUCUUCAAAUAAGUUUCUCAUUGGUGUGGCCCUAUAGGAACAUUUUUGGUCAAUAUAUGAUGCGCUUAACCAUUAAAAUAACUUGUUGAAAUGUUAGAUUAGAUCAAUAAACACUGCUUUGUGUGCAGAAGAAAUAGAUUCAAUCACUAUUACUACCCUGGACUUCCGUCGAGCCUAUAAACUCAUGAAUUCUGUAUUAGUUCUCCCUGAUUUGUCUGAUAUUCAGUGUAGUGUUAUGUUGAUGCAUAUUAUCAUGCUUACAGAUGCUUUUAAACUCUAAUCCAUUUAUAUUUUUAUUGAUUAGAUGUUAUUUAAACAUUAAUGUUGUUACUAACAUUCAUUAUUAUGGAUACAUAACUGUAAAACCUGAUGAUGAAGUUGUUGAAAAAAAUAUUCUUCGUUCAGUAACAAUUUUUUAGAAACGCAUGCACUUAAAAUCUGUAUAUCAUUUGUUUUUAAUCCUAGAUUUUGCCUGUAUACAGAGAAAGUGUGUGUGUGUGUAUUGGUCAUUUAAUUGCAUGGUUCACUUUUAAUCAAG